AUGUUCGUCGUCGGUUACGACAAUAUCUGGACAGUUUCAGCCACUGGGAUCCCGUGUCGCAUACCAGUUCCUUCGGAUCCUAGAUGUACAAGUGAUGUCGAUUGGCAAGAAAUUCCAUCUUCAGACGGCUCGCCAAUCUGUACCAUCGUGGCAUCUUCUGCUGCAGCAUUUGCGAUCGAUCGGUCUGGAAAGCUGCUCAUUUUAGUGAUGCCAACUCAUGUUGCAAUCAGAAAAAACAUCGAGAUAUACAAUAAUCAGAGAUGGAUUGGUAUUUGGAGGGGAACAUUCUUCAUUGAUCGACCACAAUAUUCUGAUCAAACUGGAAUAAUUGCUAAAGAUUUAAACUUGAAUGAAGUUGAUCCUGGAUGGAGUUGGGAAGAUAAAUGGUCUCCAUACCUAGAUCCUCGAAAAUUUGACAAAGAAGGGUGGCAGUAUUCUUUGUCGUUUUUAGCACCAAAAUGGGACAAACAAUGCCGAAUGUAUCAUUUGGUUAGGCGAAGAGUACUGAAGAGACAUAUGAGAUACACCUCUCACGAUAAAUGGAUAGAAAUGUCGAACGACGAAUCUAGGAUGUUCACAGAAUUGGCGAUUGGAGGAACUGAUGUGAUGGGAGAAGGAGAAACACUUCUUUUUGCUCUUGGAAGUGAUGGAGAUAUUUAUAGAAGAGUAGGCAUCGAAUCUAGCUGUCCAGGGGGACGUGGUUGGGAGAUCAUCCCGAGAAUCGUUUACAAAAAUUCCGAAUCCGACGACGUCACGUUGAUAUCCGCAUCCGCUUCUCUUGCAACGCUCGUAGCUAUCACGUGGGACGGAAAGAUGUAUCAUCGCAAAGGCAUCACUCGUAAAAAUCCAAUAGGAUUAUCAUGGCAAAGUUUACCGACACCGAAGAACAAAGCUGUUAUUUGUGCAGCCAUUGGAACGAAAACCAUGUGGUGUAUCACUGCUGAUGGAUGUGUAUGGUUCACACGACUAGAAAUCGAUGAGAAACUUAAAGAACACACUAUGAAAAACGUCACUUCUGAGGGAUAUCAAUUGGUGACACAAGGUGGAGUUUCUAGAAUUUCAGUUUCGAAAUAUGAUCAGGUUUUUGUGUUUUGUAUUUCGACUCGUGAGAAAAUCGAAAUCAGAACAGGAAUCGAUGCCCACGAACCAUCUGGAAAACGGUUUGAAAAAAUUGUUGAUCGGGGAGAGCCGAGAGAUCAAAGAUGGAUUGCAAUUCAUUGUGGAUCCACAUCCUUCUCUCAAAUCCCAGAAUACAUCACAUCAUCGUCAAGUCUUCAAUCGAAAAUGGAACUUCUUCAGUUUAGAAAAGCGGAUUGGCGAUUAAAGAUAUUAGAGCAGUUAGAAGAGACCACGUGCCGAUCUUGGUCUGCUAUGAAUAACGCAUCAGAAAUUGUUCUCAAUUCUCCAGAAGAAAAUGAAACUCUGAAUGGUAACAAAAGUCCAGUCAAACAUAUUCGAUGUCAGAUUAAGCGAGGAGAUGCUUUUCGAAGUGUUAAUGUACUUCUAACUGGUAAAACUGUCGAAAUAUCCGGAGAAAAAUUGGAUCCAAGGUCUAUGGAAUACUCAAAAAUCAAAUACGUUCAACCUUGUUUUCAACGUCUUCCUCAAAAAUAUCUUCUCUACGUCUUCACGGGAUCUCAAUCUGUAUUUGAAUGUUUUGCAUUCACAGAUGAGAAAGCACGACGCACUUUUCAAGCGAACGUGGAAAAUAUCAUUCGGGAAUCGAUUUGGUCUUCAACUCGAAGUUCUUUUGGAGAGAGCAUGUGGUCUGUUAGUACUGAAGGCGAUGUUCGUUGGCAUUGUUUAGAGGAGUUAAGCCAAGAAAGCAAGUUUGAGAAAAGAGUCAAUCUUGGAGAAAGCCGGGGUCUUGUAGUUGGCGAUGGAGUCUUAGAUAAAAUUGAUUGUGGAGGUAAUGGAAGUGUAUGGGCAGUCACUGAGUCUGGAUCAUUAUAUGCACUGAGCAGUCGCUACCAACCACUCAAUGCUCAUGAUACUGUACACGACUAUAGGAUGACUGAUGAACGUACUUUGAAAAUGUUUGAGUAUCAGAAACAUGCGGUAUUUCGAGGAUUCAUUUCUUUUCAAGGAUCACAUAAAGGAAUAUCUGCUUGGAUGUGUGACGGAAGACCAUGUCCUCCAUCGUUCUCUUCGUUACCUUCUCCAAAUUGGAGUUGGGUAGAUCCGACUUGGCAUCUAGAAGAAGAGGGAGAAUGGGAAUAUUCGAAGGAAAUAGAUGGCGUUUAUGAAUACUGCGAAAAUAGAAAUGGAAAAGUUCGAAGACGUCUGUGGACCAGGAAGGCUCGCUUCGACUCAAACAAAUCACCCUGGUGUCAUGUAGAUGCGCCUCCUAUUAAAUUGGUUCGGUUAGCUAAAAAGUCUUCGUCUGAGGGAACAAUAAAUGUUGUUGCUCUCACUAAAGAUGGCCACAUUCUGAAAAGAAACGGAGUAACUAGAGAGAAUUUCACUGGUACUAGCUGGACAGAGGUAUACGAGUUCAUCAUCUACUUUAUCAAAUUUCUAGUUCAGAUACUCGUAGAUUCCUCGAUCUCAUGUAUUCAUUUACAAACGGAUAAACUAUGGUGUGCCACAUCAGAUGGAAUGAUCUCUUCUAGAAUAAUCAAUAGUUCUGAUAGUGCUAGCUUUUUAUCAAGCUCUGACUGGAGACAUCUCGAUAUGGAUCUAUCUGCAAUUUCUCAGUACUUCUCUCCUAAAUCUUCAACUGAUAUGGAAAUUACGGGAGUUUCGGACAUUCUCUACAUGCGGGUUGGAUUCAUCUUGUUUAGAAUUGACACAAAUGAAGGAACAAUUUCUGAUGCCUAUCCAAUGGACAAUCUUCAGCAAGUUAUGGUCAACGCUCACGGUUCGAUCUGUGUCCGAGGUACGAAUAUUACGGUUGUUCGAGAAUGGCGCGUCGUUCCGUAUACAGAUCGGAAGGCCACAAUUAUCGCGAUGCGGAAUGUGGAUCGUGCCAGUAAUAUGGGUCGUGGUCUAAAAAACAUUGCAUUCUAUUGA